UGUUUCUAUACAUGUGUAUAUAUUUUAGGCAUGGAUUGAUGGAGCUUGUGAAUUUUAGAUUACAUUUUAAUUGUGAAUCACGUGUAUUAGGAAUGUGAAUCUUUCGGUUUUGUGUUUAUGUUGAGAGAGUGGGUGCUUGCUUGCUUAAGCUUCAAUAGCUUAACCAAAAAGGCAUCUUUGCUCGUCUAUGGAAAUCAGGAAUAAUGGGGUUGGUAACGCAACGUUAAAAUAAUUGUCUGUGCUAGCUAGUUGGAGUUUUAACUGACGAUCAAUGGUGUUGUUGAACUGGAACAAUUGACGGCCCAAAUUAACUCACGGGUGUAAAACAGUGAGAAUUUUAGCUGGCUUUGGGAGGCAGGUGGUUUUAAUUGAAAGUGGAAGGAAAUGGAAGAAACUUGCAAGCCUCUCGAAACCGAUGAUAGACUAAAGCACCACCCUUUAACCCCUUUUAGGUUGAUAAGGGGUCUUAUAUGUUUGUUGGUGUAUCUUUCUACUGCUUUUAUGUUUCUAGUAUAUUUUGCACCUGUUGUGGCUGUCCUGAUGCGCCUUUUCAGCAUCCACUAUUGUAGAAAAACGACCUCCUUCAUCUUUGCUAUUUGGUUAGCUUUGUGGCCCUUUCUAUUUGAAAAGAUAAAUGGGACCAAAGUUGUAUUUUCUGGAGAUUUAGUUCCACCAAAAGAACGUGUUUUGAUAAUUGCUAAUCACAGAACUGAGGUUGAUUGGAUGUACUUGUGGGAUCUGGCAUUGCGGAAGGGGUGUCUGGGCUACAUCAAGUACAUUCUCAAGAGCAGCUUGAUGAAACUACCUGUCUUUGGUUGGGGAUUCCAUAUUUUGGAGUUCAUUUCAGUCGAGAGGAAUUGGGAAGUUGAUGAACCUACCAUGCGUCAAAUGCUUUCGACUUUCAAGGAUCCUCAAGAUCCCUUGUGGCUAGCACUUUUCCCUGAAGGAACUGAUUUUAGUGAACAGAAAUGCCAGAGGAGCCAAAAGUUUGCCAAUGAAGUUGGACUUCCUGUGCUUAAGAAUGUGCUACUUCCUAAAACAAGGGGUUUUUGCGUAUGCUUGGAAGUCCUACGGGGUUCCUUGGAUGCAGUUUAUGAUGUGAGUAUUGCGUAUAAGCACCAACUGCCUACCUUUCUGGACAACGUAUUUGGUACUGACCCCUCAGAAGUUCACAUUCAUGUCCGGCGUAUCCCAGCCAAGGAGAUCCCAGCUUCUGACUCUGAGGCUGCUACGUGGCUAAUGGAUAGGUUCCAGAUCAAGGAUCGUUUGCUCUCAGACUUCAAAGCUCACGGCCAUUUCCCUAACGAAGGAACAGAACAAGAACUUUCUACACUGAGAUGCUUGAACUGUUUACUGACUGGGUUUUUAAAGAAUGCAAGAUCACCGCCAAAAUGUUUUGACUUGACGCAUAGAAAUGCUUCAUCACUUGAAUACCACGAAAACCAUGGCGUUAUGCGAUGUGAAAUGGUAAGAUGGAGCAUAGAGACCCUUGUUGCUAGUCUGGGUUAGCUGUCAACUCUAGUCCGCACUAAGAGUCAGCUCUCAAGUCCUUUUAUCUAUUGUGUACUCUACUUCAUACACCUAGGUUCUCCCUCUACAUUCCUUGUUGCCAGCUCUCAACCAGGUUAUGUUCUCUCUCUACAACUCAUAAAAUCAAACCACACCUUUUGUACUAGAAUUCUCAGAGUAGGAUCUCAUCUCAGCGACAACCGACCUACUCUGAAGUUCCUCGCUUGCGGCUUGUGUGCUGUAAAGAAUCAGCCCUUAUCAGCUCAAGUGCCCACCAAGAGUCAGCUCUCAAGUUCUUCUAUGGGUUGCGUAACUCAACCUUAUAGACCCGGGUUCUCUCUGCUUCGUAGGCGUCAGCUCUCAGCAAGUUAUGUUCCCUUUCUAUAUCUCAUACCUUACCUUUUCUACUGGAUUUCUGAGAAUAGGAUUUCAUCUCAGCGACAACCAUCCUACUCGAAGUUGCUAGCUGCUUCUGUGCUUUAAAGAAUCACCAAUUGGGUUGGAUUCGGAAUACCUUGGAUUCGCUCCAAAGUGUGGAUUUAAGUCGCUGUCUUCCACCGAGGUCCGGUAAGAAUUAGGAAAGCCCUGAUCGCUAGAGACCAGCCCAUUAAAACUUUUCUUUUUGUAUUGUCUUGAUACCAGGCAAUUCAAGUCGCACCACUUUUUUACAAAAAGACAAUCAAGCAAGAACUUGACUGUACGUAGAGGUCCUUUACCCCUUUUUUUCUUUUUCUAUUUUUUUGAAGAAAUAUAUAACAAUCUUUCUCUCUUUCUAUUUUUGACUCUGACUCUUUCUUUCUUUUAUUUUUACACAAGUUGUUAUAAUAUUUAUACAUUCCUAUAAAAA